AUGUUGCCUUCAGACAGGGGCCCGCCGGAUCCCCCUCCGCCUGCCAACCAUGCCAACGCGUUAGGCGGCACGGGCGUGCGAAUCCACAGCGGCAAGCAGCAAAAGGACCGUGUAAUGAGAUUGUCUUCUUCCGACGAGGCGGUUGCGCUCGUCCAGCAGGAAAUGUCUAAUCUGAAGGCUCUCAAACGGCUGAGCAUUGGCGCCAUGAUGUCUCCCUUGGACCCUGACCUGCCUGGGUUCAACGCUCUGCCUGAUUCUUACUCGCCCGACAAGCGCCAGCAGCCGCCGCCCGUCGAUUCUGGGCCUGAAUUGCCCUCUUCGGACCCGGACACCGCCGACUCCGCCGCAAGCCCUGGAUUGAGCCGUUCAGCUUCGGGCCGCCGCGAAGGUACAUACACUCCUAGUCGCCGUAUCAACAUCGAUUCACAGGAGGCUCACGACCUGAUUUGGGUUCCUGCCCGCUUACACCCGGAAAUCGCACCCAACGAAUGGCGGUCUUUUGUUGAGAACCGCGUCCAGGAGAUCAAAAACAAUGUUGAGCAUCAAAGCAAGUCCUCUCCAGAGCCCGCAUCGUCCAGCUCCACUUCUCGCCUUAGCCAUGAAAUCGCCGACUCUGCAGAUUUAAUGGAUGCCUCGGACGUUUUGGAGCGCAGGCGCCGCUCUUCAACCCCCAGCGAUACACGCCGCCUGUCGAUUUUGGAGCUCUCCACUCAACUCAAGAGCCUUGGUGAACUCGAGUCUUUGGCGGCUCUUUCCGGAAGCUUUUCUUCGAGCGACGACCAGCCGUGGUCGCCGCCGCCAGAGGACAACCUCGAUCAGCCGUUAAGUCCUGGUGCUUCGUUGCGUCGAUCUGGUGGCUCUUCGCGACGGAGAACUCGUCCAGCCAUUCGCCGCAAACCCGCCCAAGACGGAGAAAACGAUUCACCACCAGUCACCCCUACUUCUGCAAGCCCUCCCGAUGUGCCUGUACAAUCUCCCGAGCGGCAAGAGCUGCGUAACCGUGUAACAAAGGCAGUGCCAGUGGUAACCGAUACUUCACCUCGCCAAUUCACCCGUCAUCCCGAAGAAAAUAUUUAUCAAGACCCAGAGGCCUUAACCAGCGAACCCGCUCAUCAGCAGCCGGCAGUCCAGGGCACCCUAGCGUCAUCGCCACAAGCCGAACCAGAGCGGGUGUUCUACGGAUCCCCUUCGCCUAGCAAGCCAGGAAGACCCACAGGACUGACUAUUGACGUGGGUAAAAACCCGCAUCAACCACCGGUCGAAUCCGAGGAAAAGAAGAACAAGCCUCUUUGGCGCUGGCUCAAACAGGACAAAGAAAAAGAAAAAGACAAAGACCAUGAAAAGGACGAUACCCCGGCCCCUCAUUCGCCGACCACGCAAAUGUUUAGUAAAAUGUUCAAAAAGAAGAAGAAGGAAGCUCCGGGGUCCCCGCAAUCUUCACCUCCGCAGGCGCCCCAUCCGUCUUCGGCUGCUGAACCUCCUACGCAGGUCGAACAGAAGCAGGAUUGGCCUUCGGCUCCCGCCCGUCCUGGUCAUUCUCGGCAAAGAUCACGAACGGCUAAUUACGCCAAUAUUGAAGGUGUUAAUGAUUCGGCUGAGCAGAGAAUGCCGGAUACCACGAAAUCGCGCAGCGCUACCCAGAACACUCAGAAGCACCCGCAGAAACAACGUGGUUCCAGCUGGAAGAAACAGCGCCAGCGGGAAAACCCUGAACAAGAUCGCGAGGACGCAAGCCGCCCUCAGCGAUCAGGAAACAGUGAGCCUAAAGCAGUUGUUCAAGCCAUGCAGCUACCCUACGAAAUCCCGGCUCAUCAGCUGUCUGACCGGUCUAAUAUCAUGAUGUACCACCGUUUUCCUUUGCACAUCGAACGCGCCAUCUACCGUCUUUCUCACAUGAAGCUGGCCAACCCUCGACGGCCGUUGGGUCAACAGGUUUUGCUUUCCAAUUUCAUGUAUUCAUACCUCAACUUGAUCAAUCAAGGCUACCAGCGCCAAAUGGAAGCAGCAGGCGCGCUCCCCGAAGGCGAAAACCCCGAGAACUACGUACCCGGCGAGGAAGCCAACGACGAGGGUCAGUCCGAGUACGAAUACGAUGGGUAUGCUUCAUACGACGUUAGUUACAUGGAAAGCUCGGAAAUUGCGCCGGACGGACAAUAUUAUGAACAGCACGCAGAGUAUGAGGCGCCGACGGAUUUCGAGUUUUUCCAGGGCCAGUCGUCAUCGUCCUCUGAAUCUGACGCCAGCGAAGAAAUGAACGAAAUGUGGGACGAACAAGACCACGAGUACCAGCAGCCUUUGAUGGCCUAA